AGUGAAAUAAUUACGGGAAUCAGUUCAACGGGUAUCGCUAUCACGCCGUCGUCAUCAUCACAGCAGUCGUAUGAUGUGAAAUUUACGAUUACAAAGCCACAACUUCACCACCGCCAGCAUCACCAACAGCAACAACAACCACCAUAUCCUUUAUAUACGCAGACACAUUAUCAACCGUCAACCGAGUGCUUCUUGCCUUUGCAACUUUUUAUGAUAUGUCCAUCGUACAUUCCAGUUCUUUGCGUUGCUACCGUUCAAGCGAAGAAGAACAAGAAACUUCUCAGUAUUUUCUUCUUCUCCCAAAGCACUUAUAAAAGUUUCAUGAUUUUGAACAAGCAGGCGCCGAUAUCUUUCGAAGGAGUUGUGAAAAUCCUGAGUUAUAGAAAUGACAAUUUGCUGGAACAUACUUGCAAGAAUUUUCAUCCAACGUCAAGCAAUACAAAUUCCACCCUAAUCCGCUACUGUCGUAAAAAUUUUGCCUUUGUAUUAGAGGAGAUUGACGAUGAAGCUCCUUUUUGUGGCUUAAUGCAGGAUGUGUACAACGUUCUCCCCAUGGAUUCGUUGUUAGAAUAUCAUCGCAUGAUCCGAAGAUUAGGUAAAUGA